ACCCAAGAUGGCGGCGCCCAUGGUUCGUCAAAUUUUGGCACAGAGAGCAAGGAACUCACGGGUUUUCUCGUCUUACAGGAGUUCCUUUUCAACAGAAACUAGCCAGUCGAAACCGAACGAAGUAGACGAGCUUGUGAAUAAUCCAUACCUUGACAAAUAUGCCGAAAAACUUCAGAAAGUGGAAAGCUCUGAUCCAGAUUCUUUUAAAUCCAAGUUGGUAGACCUUAAAGAAGCGAAGAAAAAGAAGAAAUGGAGAGAUGAACAAGAGCCACUCCAACCCGCUAAAUCUGCGAAACCUCAGCCCAAACUUCCCAAACUUCUCAAGCCGUCCAGGGACAAUCUCCCUAACAAAGGGUUAGAUGCCAUCAUGAAAAUUGAUCUGAUUCGAGAUUUGCCUAAAGCAGAGAUUCAGAAGAUUUGGACCCAGUACCACGCCAAGAGAGAUUGCAUCAGUGCCGUCAUUCCAGGCACAGUUUAUGACAAGAUUCACAAGAUGUCGCUGGAAAAUCCCUUGUUCCUGUAUCCAGUACCCAAGAAGAGUGGUUAUGAGUUCUUCUUUGCCCAGUUUGAUAAUCACAUGUGUUAUUUCACAUCUCUUAUUAAUUACCAGGCAUACCAGGAGAAUGCCCCAGUUCUUCUAAGUCUGACGCACUUUACAGAAUUACAGGCAGAGAAAGGUGUGGUGCUCAUGCGGGGAGAAAUGGACACAAACCUGGUGAGUGUUCAAGACGCACAAUUCUUAGCCAAUGAGCUUCAGCUCUACUACGCCACGGAUAACGCAGAGCGACAGCAGCUCUUGAAAACUUUCAAUCACAACCAGGAGCAAUUCAAGCACACUGAUGUCAUCGAGCAGUUACAAAAGACUACGUUUGAGCUGCCCACAUCGACGUCAAGCGAGAAGGGAUCGUAACCCUACUCUGUGGGGCUAGACAUUGUUCUUAUUGAGGGAAAGUUACAGAAGAGAAUGUUUGAUCUACUCACAUGGAGCCCCAGCGAGAAGGGAUCAUAAAAUUAUUCUGCGGGGGUCAUCAUUGUUUCUUAUCAAGGGAAAGUUAUUGAAGAGAAAAUGGAUCAUAACAUUAUUCUGUGGGGGUGGACAUUGUUCUUAUCGAGGGCAAGUUACAGAUGAGUACGUUUGAUCUACCCUCAUCGCCCCCAGCGAGAAGGGAUCAUAACAUUAUUCUGUGGGGUGGUCAUUGUUCUUAUCGAGGGCAAGUUACAGAUCGAGUACGUUUGAUCUACCCACAUCGCCCCCAGCGAGAAGGGAUCAUAACAUUAUUCUGUGGGGUGGUCAUUGUUCUUAUAAGUCUGCAUUUAUACAUUUAAAGGGCGUUAUGGUUAAGAAGUUCAGCCCCAAGCCCUAGCUGAAUUUUCAGACGCCCUUUUCACACUACUCUGUUUCCUGGGGCGGGGAGUAACGGCCGGCCCGUUCACACUAAGACUGCUUUACCCCUGAUCUACCCCAGGCAAUGGGUGUGUAACCCCGGGGAAUAGCCACCCCUGCCUGGAGUAGGGGGUAAGCAGUAAAACUCCAGGUUAGUCUUGAACGUGCAACCGAAGCCAUAGGGACCUGGGGCCAAUUUCAUAGAGCUGCUUAAGCCAAAAAUUUGCUUAAGCAAGAAUAUAGCUCGCUUGUUUUACA